GCUAUAGGUAUGCCAUGCGGAGCGGACGGUUGAGUUAGGAUCGGUUGCGAAAGUCUGAUCUGCCGCGGAGAUAUAUAUGAGGAAGUGUAAAUAGACAGUUAUGAAUCCCCUACUCAUCGUCAUUCUUGCGAUUGGAUUGUCCCAGAAAGAAGUCCUUUGCCGUCACAUAAAAACAAGGGCCGAAGACAAGAUAAUAGUUCUUCAAAAUGACGAGAUGGAUCCUACAAUUUUGGACUGUGAUUAUGAUGUCGUCGGAAAUUCAACGUUUGUCAUCCUGAAAUGGUACAGAAACAAUGAUAAUUUAUACCAGUGGAUCUAUGGAAAUCCCCCAUUUGCCAUCCCCAAAUUCGGUCACGAAAUAGACAUAACCUAUGAGAGUUCGGAGGAGCCAAGAAAGCAAUUCAGCUCUCUGGCACUCGUGAACCCCACGAUCAAUACGACAGGAAACUACAAGUGCGUGGUCCAGACCAGUUCAAAUUCGUACACUGUCCUCCAGAGGGUCCAGGUUAUUGAUGUACGAAACUACACGUUGGAGCUGUCCCACAAAACCAUCCACAACGAAACCCAGCUCAACUGCACCGUGACGAAUGUCUAUCCCAAGCCGACCAUCACGAUCAUUUCAAAUGAUCAGGACGUUGUGAAGAGGGAGCCCAAUCUGUAUGAGGACGAGGAAGGGUACUUCGAUGGCAGUGCCAUUGUGGCGAUGUACGACACCGACGAUGAUCCGGGCGCCUACCAGUGCGUGAUUUCAUUCGAUGGCUACGGGAACAACUUGACCACGGUGGCCACAUCCGCAUCGGCGGGAAUCAGCCACGUCGAUUUCAACCUGUGGCUGUUUUGUUUUCUGUACUACUUCCUCUGCAAGCUGAAGGUGUUAGUCUAAAUAAAAACGUUGUUAUUUAUUGUUACUAAAAUUAUUUUUAUUGAAUUCUGUUGUCAUUCAACUAUCUUCUCUAUGCCCCUUCGGCUUAGUAAUCCAUUUUGUAAAUAAAUACGACUACUUCGCAAAACCAA